CAAAAUCUCCACAACGCACGCGUUUUAAGCCUGCAUCAACAGAAGUAAAACCAAAACCCUCUCUUUCUCUCUCUCUCUAAGACGACAAAGUCACAAAACCCUAAUAACCGGAAAGAGACCAAAAAGGAAGAAAAAGGGAGAGAGGAUGGCUCACAGACUCCCGGAUCGCGAGCAAGGAUCCGAUCCAUCGUCACAGGCUCGGUUCUACGACCCCUACCACGGCCUCCAGGUCCCCAUCCCGGCCCGCAAUGUCUAUCAGCUCCCAACCGGACCCCAAUACCUCUUCGAUGAGGAGGCUCGCCGCAACCGCCGCGGCUGGAGCGACAACAUCACCUUCCUCACUGGAUGCGGCUACCUCACCGGCGCUAUCGGGGGUGGCGCCUCCGGGUUGGUGUCGGGCGUCAGGUCCUUUGAACCUGAGGACACCAAGAAGCUCCGCCUCAACCGGGUCCUUAACUCCUCGGGCCACGCUGGCCGGGCUUGGGGCAACCGAGUAGGCAUCAUCGGCCUCAUCUUCGCUGGCAUGGAGAGCGGGAUUGUCGCCCUCAGGGACACCGACGACGUUUGGAAUAGCGUGGCAGCUGGGCUUGGAACUGGAGCCGUUUAUCGCGCGGCGCGUGGCGUGAGGUCCGCAGCGGUGGCGGGCGCCGUCGGCGGAGUAUUGGUUGGUCUCGCCGUAACGGCAAAGCAGGCGAUGAAGCGUUACGCGCCCAUAUGAGAAUUCUGGUUCGAUUCUCUGUUUUGGCUUGAGCAAAUCUUAUAUAUAAAAAGUUUGGGAAUUUUGACAGUUCAUAUGCGGCAAUAGGUUGAAUGAUUGGAGUAAUCGAUAGUGGAGUCAUGGGAGCGACGGUAUUUUGUGGUCUUUUUCUCUUGCUAUUUUUCAUUUCCUUGACUAUUGUAAUUCGUCGAAUUUUCGGGUAAAGAAAAAAAUUGGAAUGAAUACUAACUUCGGCUUAA